CGUUUGAUUAGAACGUCACGUUAUCAUUACGCAAAUGAGCUGUAGAUUCUCAAACAGUCAGAGAGAAGCGAGUGAAUGUAGCUAAUCAAUACCGCAGAGUUGACCUGGAGCCAGCAGUCUGAGGGUCUGAGGAGCGACCAUCCCUGCCUCCUCCCCCUCUACAUCAGCAUGACAAAGCACUGGGGGGGUCCGGGCUCGUUGGCACCACCCGUGAUCACUGUAGGAGCAGGAGCCCUUGACUGCAGAACCAGCUAUUCCUCUUCCAACCUCAGCUGUCACUGCACUACAAACCCACUGCUGGAGUACGGUGGCCGGCUGGAAAGGUCCACAGGGAUGGCGCAGGACUCCUGUUACAGAGCCAAACCGUCGGAUCGGAGCGCAUGGGAAAUGCACGAUGGAAACUCCGGUGGAGGAAAGAAGAAGAACUACCAGCGUUAUCCGAAACCACCUUACUCUUACCUGGCUAUGAUUGCCAUGGUCAUCCAGAACUCACCGGAGAAGAAGCUCACUUUGUCAGAGAUUUUGAAGGAGAUCAGCACUCUCUUUCCAUUCUUUAAGGGAAAUUACAAAGGCUGGAGGGACUCAGUCCGACACAACCUGUCGUCUUACGACUGCUUCGUGAAGGUGCUUAAGGAUCCUGGUAAACCCCAAGGUAAAGGUAACUUUUGGACUGUUCAAGUGAGCCGAAUUCCCCUGGAGCUGCUGAAAAGACAAAAUACGGCAGUGUCCCGUCAAGAUGAAACUAUCUUUGCUCAGGACCUGGCCCCGUACAUCUUUCAAAGUUACACUCAGUCGAACAAGUCUAAACCUCUUUCCGCUGACCUCUCCUCACCCCCUGUCCCCACUCGUCACAGCCCACCCCCAUCAGAGGACCCCUAUCGUCCCAAACUGGACUCCACAUUUGCUAUAGAUUCUCUCCUGCAUAGCCUCAGGCCUGCCAAUUCUGCUGGGGAAGAGCCCCGAGAGAGGGAAGGUUGGGGCAUCAGGCCCCCGCCACACAAACGCUCUACCACUCCACCACGCCAUUGUAACGCCUCGUAUAAUUGCAGUUCAUCAGCCAGCUCCGUCAGUCCUGCCUCAGAUUUGUCAGACGAGGACUGGAGAGGGGUGACGCUCGUUGGGAAAAGAUUGAGUGAACGAGGAUCAACUUCAGACCGAUUCAGUGACUCCUGCCCCCCGCCAAACAAAAGCUCCAAACGCGGCACCACACCUCCAUGGGAGCUACCGACUUCCUACGCCAAGUACACCCCUCCCAACGCGGUAGCCCCUCCUAGUAUGCGCUUUAACGGAAACCCGUUCAUGCCACUGGGCGGUAUUCCGUUCUAUGGUUACGGUGGUGCGCACGUCACUUCAUCACACUUGAUUGGUCACCCUUACUGGCCCAUCCUACCAAAUGGGCCUGUUUCUAUACAAGCCCCGCCCCUCCUAAUGGACUUGGACAGUAUGCUGCAAUCUGUUCCGCCCAAUAAAAGUGUGUUCGAUGUGCUUGGCCCCAACAAUCAAACUGCUCAUCCACCUCCAAACCAGUAUGCCCUUCAGAACGGACCUUCUCUUUGCAAAUAUUCUCUUUAAACUGUUCAUAGUCCUAAAUGGGUUCUCAUCUUUGGCACUGCUAAGGUUCACACAAAGAUUUGCAACCACUAAUGCUGCGAUCACUGUAUACUCAAUCUGUGAAAUGUCUCAGGGAUUUCUUUGAGAAAAUCCUGAACUGAACUGUUAAGGGCCAAUAUUGACCAAAGAUUCUACCCAAUCAAUGUUCAUUCAUGUGACUUUCUUUGACACAACUACUACCUCAGACUGUUAAUGUCAGUGGGGAGGCACAUUAGCGGCUCUUUUGUUUCCUGAAUGGACCCUUGUAAUGUUUGGGGACAAUCAAUGAAUUACUUGAUAAGACCAAUUGAAUGUUGUCUGUUUGUAGGCUUGAAGUAUAGUGUUUGUGAUUGCUUUACCUCCCUACAAAUCAACCAGAAAUGGUGUGCUGGACAUUUGUUAGGAUUAGGAAUGUGUUCGUGUGUGAAUGUGUUCUUUUAAAACUGCAAGGGACCUGCAAAGUUUACAUAAACUUUUAUGCCAUGAAUGUCACUUUUUAUAUGUUGGUUUUAGCAGGGUAAACAGAUUUUUUUGAGAUCUUGACUUUUUGUAUGGCUUUUCUGACAUGAUUAUGUGUGCUUAAAACACUUUCAUUUCACCCCCGACUCCACUUGGUAAAGUCCAAUCUCAGGCUCUGAUAACAAUGGUGGAGGCUUGACAGAUCUGAUGAGAUCCAGUCUUGCGUGGUUUUUUCUGGCAUGCAUUCACUUUGAAGAACUGUAAUUAGAGCCAUUUUUAUCAGUGCACUGUCUCAAAGUCUUAUCACGACUCUGUGUCCCUGUGGAGUGUAGGUGCUGUAACUAUGAUUUUUAUAAUCUGGUCAUCAAAUGCCUUUUGUAAAUAAAGGUUUGCUGCCUUUUAAUCAUGCAUGUCUGCAUGAUACUGUCCAGAAGCUCAUAUUGAGCGAUUUGAUCAGUAAUUAAAUGUUAGGGUCAUUUAACUGGGUGCUCUGUGGUUGUCCCUCCGUCUGGUGCACGUCAUCCCACCACCACCUCCUGCUGUUUUUUUCUGUCCUGUCCUCCCUUAAAUCACUCAUUCAUACCCCCAACACUUCCACCCUCUUACAGGUCCAUUCUUUGUAAGGGAUCUUAAGUUUCAAGUAUUUGGGAAAUCUCAGUUUCUGGGUGAUUUGUUUUGACUGACUUUUGAGUCUUUUUUCAUGUAUUGUUUUUGUGUCAUGCAAGCAGUCAGACUGUAUAUCACUGAUGAAUAUGCUUCAGAUUUGUUAAUUUUAGGUGUAAUGCGUGAAAACAUGUCCAGGAGCUUCCUGUAUAAAGUUUUGCGUUCAUCUUAAGUGUGUGUGUAUUGCCUUUUGUUUACAGAUUGCAGGGAAAGUGAAAAUAUAAAUAUCAUGGACAAAGCGUGAGUGACAGUAUUUCUCACAGCAAAUGCUUGUUUGUAACUGUUAUUUUACUUUGCAUUUGGAGUCUAUCAAAUGUUUUUUCAAAUGUUGUGAUCAUGUGUUCUUCUGCCUGAGUCACAUAAACUUUGUGGUUUGAGAAGCUCUCCAAAGACAAUAUUUUUCUUAAAGCCAGUAAUGAAAUUGACUGAAUCCUGAUAGAAAUGAAAAAAAUUAAGAGUAAUAAAUCAAAUGAUACCUGA